GCUCAAGAACAUCCAGGUCCUCUUUCAAACACUGAUUGUCUUCUACUUUGCCCAGUGUCCUUGCCGGUAUGGGUUACUUCUCUUCAUUUGAUCGAUAAUAUUUUGAUGUUUUUAUCUUAAACUAACUUAGCUGAAGCUGAAGCUGUCAACGUUAUCGGAGUUUCCUUGAACAGUUUUGGCCAUGAUUUCGAAACGAUUUGAUUUUUUUGACUUUCUAGUGAGUUUGAAUUUCAAGUUUUUUCCAUUAGUCCACUAAAUCUACCUUGAAAUAGGGCGGUCAUCCAUCGCUUUAUUCUUCGAUCAGAUUUUUAAGUCAUUUAGUAAGGUUUACAAUUUUUUUUAAGAAUCAGUUUUAAUGAGAACAUGUAUAGGGAAAAAGAAAGAUGGAAUGAAGGAUCUGCUAUAAGUUCGUUAGGUUUUGAGUUUCAGAUAAUUUAUUAAGAAUGCUUUUUCUCUGACUCGCGUUAAUCCAUGUACUGUGUGCAAAUGGUUGUAAGGGGAAGUGUGAUCGCGCACGAAGCUAUUUUACAACCUUGGUCGUUUUUAAUUCAUGCUGAUAAUUUUUAUUCUGCGGUUCAACGUUGCGUAGCCACCGGAAUCUUUUGCAUCUUUAAUUUUCGCACAACUGAACUCCGUCAGCGACGCGGUUUUUUCACCUCUUAACCUCAAAAUUGAACGAAAUCGCUUCAGAAUUAAUUAUCAGUAUUGUUUACUUGCAAGCAUGCAACAGAUGGGCGGUCCAUUCUAGAACAGGAACGGUCCGUUUCAUCCAGUGGACGGUCGAUAAGGAGUCUCUUGAGCGGACGACUGAACGGAUCCGAAGAGAAUUUGAGGAUAGAAAUAACCCUGACUGCCUACCUAAAAUACUGACCCGAAAAAUUUCAAACACAUGAAAUCAUUCAAAAAAACCUCGGAAAUCCGGUUUUUAGAGUGAUAAACAUAUUUAGAACCCACGUAAUCUCUUAAGCCUCUGAUCGUGUGUAGGAACAUCUUGUGGCCGGUAACAAAGCCCUAUUUGCCCAACCCUUCGGAAGAUAAGUUCGACGAGAGGAAAUCAAGAAUAGCGAGUAUUCUCGCGCAACGAUUGAAGAUUCGAUCAAAUGUCUAUUUCAUAUUUCUUUAGUAGCAAUUGACAUAGAGUCAUUAGCGCAGCAAAGUAAUUUUCGCCAAUGUUGGAAAAUGACGAAGAAAUUAGAACCAAAAUUUCGCAAUUUACGUGACAGAUUGCGAGAUAAUCUGAUGCGUAUAGGAAGUCAAGAGCUUUAGGCAUCGUUUGAAACUCCUUAAUUAUAACAAUCAUUAGCUAGUAAAAGGAAAAAGUUGAUUCCGACUUGGUAAAAGCUAUUAGAGUUUUUUCUCUCGUUUUGUUUUACCAUACUCACAUUUACUCGCAGCUUUAACACUCAAAUUUCAGAUCCAACAUUUAAAACUAUGCAAGUCCUUUGUAUUGUUCAGUUACUAUUGCUGCUAUCCUGGAGCAGUCCAACGAUAGGUCAAUGCGGAAAUGAAGACUGGACAAGCACAUUUGCAAUAGCUGGUGACUCUACUUCUCAAUGCACCAGUAGUGUCUCCUAUGUCAAUGGACUGAGAAGCGAGGGUUAUGGUGCCCUGUUAGAAACUGGACCUGGUGUUGUUAAGGCAGCUAAAUGCUGCUCUGUUGACCAGCCGUACUCUCAGGAGAGUAACGAUUGUUAUCAGGCCCAGUGGUGGACUGAUUUGCAGCGGUAUGUAAGAGUGUUAACAUUUUUAAUGAUAAAUUCCUCAUUCAAGCAGCGACAUGGUGAUAAUCGGAUAGAGAAAAUAAUAGUUUUUCUAACUGGGCGGAUCUUCGAUGCUCUACUCUCAAACUCAAAGAAAUUCGCGCCUAUUAGAUCGUAGGCUUAGUUGAUGCGAAACUACCCACAACACAGCUUUUUUAUCUAUUCAUAUGCCGACGUUUUUCGAGGAGAUAAUUGGGUAAUUGAUAAUUGGAUAAAGAAAUAUCCGGAUUUUUCCAUUGAUAAAUGAGUGGGUUCUCUACCCUCAACUACAAUAAAUUCACGACUGCCAGAUCUUAGGCUUGGUUUAUGCGAAGUUUCCCAAAAAACAACUUUUUCUCAACUUAAAUGUACAUUAUUGUAGGAAGUUAACGAUGCAUGGUGACCACGCGAAUAAGAUUUACGUUACACAAAAUUAACACGAAUUUUCCACAAGUUAGGUCUAAGUACAUAAAAUUAACGCGAAUUCCUCCGGCGAAAACAAUGUGUACCCAAGAUCGAGGAUAUCUCGUGUAUCGUACAAGCUGAAAGCCUUUCAUGAAGCAAAACUCACGUCUGAACAUGAAACAGAUAAUGAACAUGAUCGGUUUGUAGUCGCUGGACAAACAAUUCUUCCGGGGACGCUAUUUCUUUCCACUAAGUCAAACUAAGUGUUUUCCCAUCAUGAUAGAACUGAGCCGAUAUAUCCGGUUGUUGAAAUAAACGUGCUGUAAAACAAUAAUGAUGUACCAUAGUUUAAUUAACAUUGCGAUGUAAUUGAUUAGCACGGUUUUUUAAAAAUAGCGUUGAUAAAGUGCAACAUUAAUUUCCUAUAAUAAGGUAUAAAAUUCUAUAAGGAAGUACUACAAGACCAGUUUAGUUUAAUUAUACGCGAUCGCUUUUUAAAGUGAUUCAACAACAAUUACUCAUUGCCUGGUUGUAAUAACUCGACAUUAUUUUUCCCGAGCUACAUAAAAAUUAAUUAUCAAAUCCAUCGAAAAAAAUGCCACGAAAUUAAUGUCAUUGAUUUCAGUGUUUUUUCAAUUUUUUUCAAUUUCCCUUCUUUAUGGGUAAUUCAAGUUAGCUUCUCCGCAGAAUAUGUCCGAGAUGUUUGCGCAGUCGUAUCAGAUCUCAGUCGUACGCUUCUCUUCCUCCCAUCCCCCUCAAAAAAGUUAUACAGAAAUUUAAACGAUUAUGGAAAAUAUGCGAUUUAAUUUAAUUCCAUUUAGGUAUUCUUUUAAUUUAUUUUUCAAAAUUUUCCAAUUAGCCAUAAUUCGUGGGCAUUGUGCGAGAGGCCGGGAUACCAUCUACGCGGGUUUUUCACCGUUGGGAGAAAUUUCUUGGCUGACAUUGGCGAGGGUGUUUGCUGUAAACCCGAGAGUCACCCAGAUCAAGAUGGACCAUAUAGCGAUAUCAAUGUUAAUUUCACAACAGAUGGGAUGAAGCAGUGUCCAAAUGGCAUGUUCCUUAAGGGAUUGUACAAAACAACAUGUUCCACGAUAGACUGUCUAACGAAGAUCAGAUGCUCCGAAUUGAUUCCAGGUUGGCUUGUUAUGCAUUUUUGGAGCGGUGUCCACUUUUUCUCAGUAAUCUUUCACUUUUAUGAACUCUUUUUGACUCUGACAGUGACUAGUAUCCAAUUUCUCCUUACAAUAUCAGCCUUAAAUCACACAUUGAGCUCACGAGAAUAAUAGAAAUGGUGACCAACUAGAAAAGCUCUUGAUUGUUUAACAAAUUCUCCUUGUCAGUACCCCGGGAAAUGUAUGGAGAAUAGUAAGGAUAAUAUGGAUACUGACCUAAGGAAGACUCUAAGAUUAAAAGUAACCACUUUCUCGCACCAUUUGAAGGAUCUUUUCUGCUAAGAACCGUUCCCCUGAUUGGUUCUACUUUUUUCCUUUAUCAUGUGUACAAGGAUAUUGCUAUUUGCACGUUGGUAUUCUCGUUAUUAGCACUAUAUUUGUUUAUUUCUGUUUAAUAUAUCGGCAAUGCGACUGCUCUUUUUCCACGAAGAAGCCUUUUUCUUUUUAUCCGUGCUCUUUCUUUUCUUUUUCUUACUGAUUUUUCUCUCACACAGGAAUCGUUCACGGUGGCUGGUCAAACUGGGGAGACUGGAGUCCCUGCCCUGUGACUUGCGGUGGCGGCACUCAGAUGAGAUUCCGCUCGUGUACAAACCCGCCGCCAUCAAAUGGAGGAAGUAAUUGUGUUGGAGAUCCGGUGGAACUACAAGGAUGUAACCUGAACCCAUGCUGUAUGUUCGACAACUAUUUUGCAUAUAAUGUUGCAAAAAUAUAAAACGGCGGCUGGCUUACUUAGCAGCCGUAAGCAGGGAGACAGAUGGAUGACAUUAACUACAACGUUUACGAUUCCCUUCACCCAUUUUCCCAACUUUUCUAAGCAAAUGGGCCAAUCAGAGCAUGGCUUACUCGUAUCAUGCUAUUUCAUACAGAAAGAAUAAUGACAAAUGGUAAAUUUUGAGUAAAAUCGAUGAAUUAUACGGCAUCUUCUUGAGGUAACGAUCGAACUCAACGUCCUUGAUCUGAAAGAUGUCGGGAUAUGGGGGAGGGGGGCACAUCUUCAUUCAGCCAAGCGUAUACCGCCGUUCUUUGCGUUGUUUAGAGGCUCAAGCAAAACAAACUUUACAGUCUUUUUUUAUAAACGUUUUGUGACAAAUUAGAGUCUUUAGCAUAUAACUUCUCUAAAAGCUGAUUAUUUGCCAAGCCAAUUUUGUUGCUUUUGAGAUACAAAGAUAAACAGCAAUCAAGGACGAUAAAUUUCGGCAAGGUGGGUACUCAAAAACGAAAUUCAGUUUGCUGAUAAAUAUUGCUCCCAGUACUCAAACGUUGUUCAUUGUAGAGGAGAUAUAUGCCACUAAACGCUUACCAUUUUCAAAGGCUUAAAACGUAUAAUUCAUAAUUUGUAAAUCUCUACCGUGACAUGUGGCACAACUUUACGCAGUGCAGUUAAACCCCGAAAUUAGCACAAGUUGCUAAUCAAUUUUAAUAGAGCUUGACACUCAUGUGUUUUUCUUCUUUUUUACGCCCUACAGAGACAGAUCGCAUGCGCCUGAUGAAGCC